GAGUCUUGGAGGAGUUCAACCAUGGAGUCGUAAUACCCGGAGUCAUAAUACUCUACAUCUGCCAAAGUCGUAAUCCUCCAUGGAGUCAUAGUCCCCUACAUCUUUCAAGAUGAUGCGAGUUCUCGAGGCCAACGCGCCUCCCAAGCAAAGGGCCACCGACACCAUCAGCACUCUUAGCGGGAGGCUGACGAGCGCAACCCUCCUCGAAGACCGUCGCGCCGCCAUCCUCGGCCUCCGGAGCUUCGCCAAAGAGUACCCGGCCUCGGUCGCAUCCGACGCGCUCAAGGGACUCAUCGAGGCCCUGACCAAAGACAGCGAGGAUGUCGACACGCUCAAGGUGGUGCUCGAGACGCUGCUCAUGCUCUUCCACCCCGACGAGCACAGCCCCGAGGCCUCGCCAGAACUCGAGUUUCUGCUGGCAGACCAGUUCUCACAGCGCCAAGACAACAUAACGCUUCUCCUCGACCUCCUCGACACGCCCGACUUCUACUCCCGCCUCUACUCCCUGCAGCUCAUCCGCGCCAUCUCCCUGGCCCGGCCCCAACGAACACAGGAAUGCGUCCUCACAGCCCCCGGCGGCAUCGAGCGCCUGGUAGCCACGCUCGACGACCCCCGCGAUGCCAUCCGCAACGAAGCCCUCGUCGUCCUCACCGACCUGUCCCGCACCUCGACCGAGCUCCAGAAGCUCUUCGUCUUCGAGGAUGCCUUUACGAAAGUCUUCAACAUGAUCCACCAAGACGGCGGGCUCACACAGGGCGGCGUCGUGGUCCAGGAUUGUCUGAGUCUGUUGGCUAUCCUUGUGCGAAACAACGUGUCCAACCAGACCAACAUAAGGGAAAUGGGCCACGUCGCCCGCUUUGCCGCGCUUCUGCCAGGAGGUAAUAAGCCGAAAAAGGCACGCCCAGGUGUAGAAGACGAGGAUGAAUGGGUCAGCCCACAAAGCGAUAAGAACAUCUGGGGGCUGCUAGCCAUCAUGCGCAUGUUCCUCGUCAAGGGCAGUGCGGGCACACUACAGAACCAGAAUGUCUUCCAACAACAUGGCCUCGUCCGACAACUUUUGAACUUCACUUUCGACCCUGCAACCGCCAUGCCCAUCAAGAUCGAGGCUCUCAACACCCUCGCCGAUCUCAUCAGAGGCAAUGCUCGGCUGCAAGAAGGAUUCGCUGGAGAGCAGGUCAGGCCCAUCGUUGAACCUGCAACUAAUGGCGCUACUUCUCCCAACGGCGUAGCCUCCGUAUACGUUAUCGAAGCCCUCCUCAACCUUGUCCUCUCCCCAGCACCCAAUGAGCUGUUUGAUUUGCGCAAUGCAGGCUGCGAGUGUAUCAAGUCCUACUUCUACAACCACGUACAGAUAAAAUCCCAUUUCCUCAACCGCGCCAUCGAUGGCCACGAGGGCGGUGACGAAACAGCGAAUGCCUUGACAAUCCUGAUGGCGGGACCACAAGUACCACCCACGGGCGACCCAUACAGGAUCUGGUUUGCAGCAAAUCUCAUCUAUCACCUCAUCUUCGAUGACGACCAGGCGAAAAACACGCUCAUGCAGGUCAAAGAGGGCGAUGCAGAGAGUGGAGAGGAGGUCGUCACAUGUAUACAAACACUCACAGCAAAUCUUAUCGCUAGUCUGCAACUCGGCGAAGACGAACGCAUAUCAGUAGCCUACCUCAUGCUCCUGCUCGGCUGGCUCUUCGAAGAUGCAGGCGCUGUAGACGACUUUUUGGGUGAAGCGAGUAGUUUGCAGAGUCUGGUACAGGCUGUUCUCACACCCGGAGAAGAUCGCGUCAUGAUACGUGGGCUGUGUGCGGCGCUACUGGGAGUUGUAUACGAGUUCUCAACUAGAGACUCCCCUGUGCCACGGCGCGAACUUCAACCCGUACUCAUGUCGAAGCUCGGCCGCGACAAGUAUCUUGAUGCUAUUGCCGAAUUACGGCGGCACCCGCUUGUGCGUGACUUUGAAGUCUUGCCGAAGACUGGGGGUGGAGGGGGAAGUCUGCCCGAUAUCUUCUUCGACGAGGCUUUUGUGGACUUUUUGAAAGACAAUUUUAGCAGGCUAUCGAGAGCGAUUGACCGUAACCCGAAUAUUGAACAGCACCAAAGUCACGACGGUGUUGACCGAGAUGUAGUCGAUGCGCUUCGUGGGGAGAGUAACGAGAAAGAGCAAACCAUCCAAGAACUACGCGCGCAGCUCAUGACGCUCGAGCAGAAGAUUGAUCAAGAACAAGCUGAACAUCGCAAGACUCAGCAGUCCGCCGAGGAGCAACGCAGUACGCUGAAACGUAUCAACGAUAAGUUGCACGACGAUAUCGAAAAGGAAGCCGCGAAGAAGGAUCGUGAGCAUAGGCAAGCGAUGCUAGAAACGGAAAACAAGUACAAUCUCCAGAUUGUCGCUUUGAACAACAAAGUACAACAAACGAGCAAAGACGCGAAUCUUGCUGUCGCAAAGGUCAGGCAAGAGUACGAAGAGCAGCUCCACGAUGCACAUGGAACGCGCACCGAGUUGGAGCGGAGGUUGGGUGCGAGCGAGAAGGCGAGACAGGAGGCUGUCGAGAAUGUGAAGGGCUUGCAGGAGACACUAUUACAAACACGGGCUGAGGUAUCGACCAUUAGCGAAACUCUACGCAACGCACAGAGUCAUGUGCAAAACAGCGAGGCGCAGCUGCAAUUGCUGAAUGAGGAGAAGGAGCGGGUUAUCAAGGAAAAGGAAAGCCAGAUCAAGCAGCUGGAAGAAGAGAUGGAAGGAAGACUCCAAGAAAAGGACGCGCGACUCCUGGAAAUAGAGGCCGAACACGAAACCGCGAUACAACAAGCCGGAUCGGAAAAGAGUGGCUUGCAAUCUGCCUUGGAGAAACUGAAGAAGGAGAACCAGGAUCUCAAGACGAAAGCGCAGGAUGCGACGUGGAAAGUUAAAGAGGCAGAAGAGAAACUACGGAAAGCUGAAGCAACUGUCAAGUCGACGGAAGAUAAACUGCGCAAGGCGGAAGCUAGCGCCAAGGCUGCUGCUGCUACCUCUCAGAAGGGCGGCGGCGCUGGCACCAACAAAAACGACAAAGAGAUCAAGGAGCUGAAGGAGAAGUUGAAGAAGGCGGAGGAAGCGGAGAAGGAGAAGGCGACCGAGUUGGAGGAUUUGAUCAUGGUGUUGAGUGAUUUGGAGGAGAAGAGGUCAAAGGAUAAGGAACGGCUCAAAGCUCUUGGAGAGGAGGUGUCGGAUGAUGAGGAUGAGGAUGACGAGGAUGAGGGUGAUGAUGACGAUGAGGAUGAAGAGAGUGAUGAAGAUGAGGAAGGGGAGGACGAUGAGGAAAAGGAGAAGAAGAAAUAGGCUUGAUCGAGAUGAAAUCCGAGAAAACAUUUGCUGACCGUGAUUAAUAAUGUUUCUUGGUUUUGCGAUAAAUCGCGUGUGAGGAGCAUAUAUAUAGCUUGAGCAGAAACAGCUUCUUGAAUGUUAAAGACGCGAAUAUCAUGUCAACUUGCGAUCUUGAGAUUACAUCGUCGCUAGCUUAGGUAGAGCGUAAAGGCUGUAGCUAUACAGCGUUUGGAAAGGCUAAAGGAAGAUAUUUUCGAACGUUACAAAAAAGGUCAGGGUGUUAAGUAUUCUCGAACUGCUCUUUUAUGCUAUGGCUGUUCUAUCGUUGAUCUAAACGUUAUUGCAAUAAUUCGAGGAAGACUUCUUUUUUUACUCGCGCUGUUUAUCCCUCUUCUUCCUAGAUAGUGUUGGGGAUAGUAGGGGAUGCGAGGAAGAGGAAGAGGAAGAAGAAG